AUGAAAAGUCAAGAGAUCAAGUUGGAUGAUAAGCUUCAGCGCUCCAGGGUCCAAGCUCUUUCCACGACUGAGGAAAAGGAGAGUUGGAGGGGCAGGCGGUCCAGCGGCAGGACCGAGGGGCCCCCGAAGCCUGGUGGGAAUGCCACUUGUGAAAAGGCGGCGGGGGCGGAGGUGCGGGACGCGGGCCCGCAGCCCGGCCCGGCCGCUUGGUCCUCCCUCUCCCUCUCUCGCCGUCUAUGCUCAUAUUUGGAGUUGGCUGCUCUUGCCCAGGAAUUUCCCGUCAUGCCUCCCGACGCCCUGUCGCCCGCAGCCGGGGAGGGACAGACAGCGGGGAGCCCGGCCAAGGCCACGGCGGCUGCCUGCCUCUGCCCCGCCAGCCUGUCGGUCCGCCAGCCUUCGGUCCGCCCGUCCGUGCGCCCGCCGCCGCCGCGCGCCCUGCGCCUCGGCCUCCAGCUCUGCCUCUGCCUGGCCGCGGCGGCUGCCCGACAGCCGGGGUCAUGUAGGGAUAGAAAGAACUGUAAGGUGGUCUUUUCCCAGCAGGAACUGAGAAAGCGACUGACACCCCUCCAGUACCAUGUAACUCAGGAGAAAGGAACUGAGAGUGCCUUUGAAGGAAAAUACACAAGUCACAAAGAUCGUGGAAUGUACAAAUGUGUUGUUUGUGGGACUCCUUUAUUCAACUCAGAAACCAAAUAUGACUCUGGUUCAGGUUGGCCCUCAUUCCAUGAUGUGAUAAGUUCAGAUGCAAUUACAUUCACUGAUGACUUUUCCCAUGGGAUGCAUAGAGUUGAAACAAGCUGCUCUCAGUGUGGUGCUCACCUUGGGCAUGUUUUUGAUGAUGGGCCUCGACCAACUGGCAAAAGAUACUGCAUAAAUUCCGCUUCCUUGUCUUUCUCUCCUGCGGAGAAUGGGAACACCGAAGACAACACCAUCAACAUCCCAGCCCAAGCUGGCAAAAUGGAGCUGUAGAAUCAAAUUCAAUAUGAAAUAACGAUCUUACCAGUUAGUAAGGGAAAAAAAUCAAAAUUGUCUAUUAUCUUAUUCCACAUAUGCAUUUAUAUUUUUCAAAUUAGAAGGUAGUUUGUGCUAUUGAUUUUUUCUUCCUUCUCUUCCUUUUGCUUAAACAGAGAAGCCUUAGCCAGGAGUAUAUUUUGCUAUUGAUUAUAUUCUUAACUAUUUGUAUGUAGAUUUGGAGAAAAGAGAUAGUUUUGAGAAUGCCUUAUCAUUAGAUAUUUGAGUACCAAGCUGCAAUACUUUUUUAAAAGUGGAUUUAAAGAAUCUCUCCCUUGAAUAAGAAGGAGCUGGUGAUUUGGCCUCCAGACUCCAAAUUAGAGCAUUUCAGUGUCAAGGCAAUUUGAAGAGAACUGAGGCUGAGUAGUGAGUUCAGACCUGCAAGACAGAUGGCCAUAGAGUAUUUAUAUGGAUCUAUUGAAGAUAAGGAUGGAGUGAUGCCUUUACCCUAUUUGUAGAUUUUGUGGAAAAUUUGAACUAAGGCAGUUUAUUCCCACUAAAAGGGUGUGAAGGUCUAAAGUCUUUCCUUAUGUGAAAUUGCUGCCAGAUCUGAGGGGGUAUGGAGAGUGUUGUGGAAGGGGGAAG